UUUGAAUUACUCUGGUGGCGGGUGGAAAUCUUUCUCGCCCCUUCAGGUUACUUAUAGUGGCGAGAUAAAGGAGAGCUGAGCGUGGAGCUGCAGCGGUCUGAGGAGCUGUCCAGAUGCUGAAACAGCACCACGCAACCUCUCACUUCAUUUUGGGAGCUGGUUGUUGAUGGACCGGUUAUCUUCGGAGCGAUUUUCAGAUUUAAAAAAAAAUGUUUUUUAGGGGAGGUAUUAACUCGCUGAAGGUGGGUUUAUUCUCAGGAAAAAUCUAAAAGCGGAUUGAAAAAUAUUCAUCUGUUCUGAACUGCAAGGAGAUUCAGACAAUCCUUUUUUUUUUUUUUAAAGAAAAAUUGAUUUUCUCUUAGAGGCUCAUCCAACUUAAUUUAGAGCAAAAUUACGAUCAGUUCACCAUAAAUCAGUGUCAGCCACAGCUCUGCAUGUAGGCUACAGCUAGAGAAUGCAGGCAGGAGGGGUGGAGUUCACUGCGUUUACUUUUCAAAGCGCCUCGGUCUCAGGCAGAAGGAGCUCAUUCUGCAGAGUUUGAACUGAUGGGUCCUGGCAUUUGAACCCCACGUUGCUUUUAAGCCAGUCGCCUCGCAGCCGCUCCCACCGCCGCCUUAAUUAAACUUUCCAUGCUGUUGCCCGUCCGGCGGACCGCAUCCAGGAGGUUUGUCUGGACCGCGCUCGCUCCUGCUCUCUCGGCUGCCGCGCUGCGGUUCUCCGCCCUCGGCUGUCCGGCUCCAGCGGAACUCACUCACACGGCCACAGGAGCUGGCCCGGGUCUCCAGCACGCAUGGAGGGGGACGUAAUGGACAAGGUGGAGGCCACGGCGACGGUCUGUGACUUCGACCCCAUGAGUGGGAGCAUCCCUGCCACCAAAGUGGAGAUCACAGUGUCCUGCAGGAAUCUUUUGGACAGAGACACUUUCUCCAAGUCCGACCCAUUGGUCGUGUUGUACACCCAGGGCGUGGAGUCGAAGCAGUGGCGAGAGUUUGGGAGAACGGAGGUGAUAGACAACACGCUAAACCCGGAUUUCGUCAGGAAGUACAUCCUGGACUACUUCUUUGAGGAGAAGCAGAACCUGCGCUUUGACGUGUAUGACAUUGACUCUAAAAGUCCAGAUUUAGCAAAACAUCCCAACGACUUUAACGACUUCCUGGGUCAGGUCUACUGUACUCUCGGAGAGAUCGUGGGCUCGCCUGCCAGUCGUCUGGAGAAGCAGCUAGUGGGCAUACCUGGGAAGACGUGUGGAACCAUAAUCUUAUCAGCUGAAGAGCUUGGAAACUGCAGAGACUAUGCCACCAUGCAGUUCUGUGCCAACAAAUUGGAUAAAAAGGACUUCUUUGGAAAGUCAGACCCCUUCAUGGUCUUCUAUAGAAGUAACGAGGAUGGCACGUUUACCAUUUGUCACAAGACCGAGGUGGUGAAGAACACCCUGAAUCCUGUGUGGGAGCCCUUUUCCAUCCCUGUCAGAGCGCUCUGCAACGGGGACUAUGAAAGGACAAUCAAGGCGGAGGUGUAUGACUGGGACAGAGAUGGGAGUCACGAUUUCAUUGGUGAAUUCACAACAAGCUACAAAGAGCUAUGCAGAGGCCAGAGCCAGUUAAAUCUAUAUGAGGUGGUGAAUCCAAAGAAGAAACUAAAGAAAAAGCGAUAUAUCAACUCUGGCACGGUGUCAUUAUUGUCAUUCAAUGUAGAGUCUGAGCACACAUUCUUGGAUUACAUCAAAGGAGGAACUCAGAUUCACUUCACAGUGGCCAUUGAUUUCACUGCAUCAAACGGAAAUCCAUCGCAGUCCACUUCGCUACACUACAUGAACCCGUAUCAGAUGAAUGCCUAUGCCAUGGCUCUGAAGGCUGUGGGAGAGAUCAUUCAGGACUAUGACAGCGAUAAGAUGUUCCCUGCACUUGGAUUUGGUGCUAAGCUCCCGCCUGACGGGAGGGUGUCUCAUGAGUUUCCACUGAAUGGCAACGUUGAGAACCCGUACUGUAAUGGUAUGGAGGGGAUUCUUGAAGCUUACCAUCAAAGCCUUAAGACGGUUCAGCUGUAUGGACCCACCAACUUCGCUCCUGUUGUUAAUCACGUGGCAAGGUACGCAGCAGCCGUGCAGGACGGAUCUCAGUACUUCGUCCUGCUCAUCAUUACAGAUGGAGUUAUAUCAGACAUGGCUCAGACUAAGGAGGCCAUAGUGAAUGCUGCAAAGCUCCCGAUGUCUAUCAUCAUAGUCGGAGUUGGCCAAGCGGAGUUUGAUGCAAUGGUUGAGCUGGAUGGUGAUGAUGUCAGAAUCUCAUCACGAGGAAAGUUGGCAGAGAGAGACAUUGUGCAGUUCGUACCAUUCAGAGACUACAUGGACCGCACAGGUAACCAUGUCCUCAGCAUGGCCCGGCUGGCCAAAGACGUUCUGGCUGAGAUCCCGGACCAGCUGAUCUCCUACAUGAAGAGCAGAGCCAUUAAGCCCAACCCCGUCCCCCCACCGUACUCCUCCUGCAAGCAGCCCGAGACGGAGUCCGUUUGAUCCCCGCCUCCGACACGGCACCGCCUUGGCCGGGGCAGGUUUCACAUUAAUGCAAAUGAUCGUUGUGAGCAGAAAGUGGAAAUGAUUUCCAGGCACUUUUACCGCAGCGAAGCACACACACAAUAAAACUCUAUGAAGAGCCAGAGCAGAGAGACGGCUGUAGAGGAACGGGUUGGUAAUCGGAGGGUUUUAUUUUUUUUCUCUCUGAGAGCACCGAGAGGAGAACGAUGUAAAGGGAAGUUUUAGAUGUUUGCUGUCAAACCUGUCAAAGUGGUGAUGUGACGGAAACCUGUAGAGCGAGGCCUUUCUGAAGGCGUACCCAUAUUAGGAUGUACCAGUUUGUAUUUUGUUUGUGGUACCUUUUUGGAGUUCAUGUGUUAAUCUAGGGAUCCUGUUAUGAAUACCAGUUUUUAUUUAUUUAUUUAUUGCAGAAAUAAUUUAUUGUUUCGCAGAGAUUUUAUUGGGUUGGGGGAUUGAAGUCAUAUAGAAAUAUAUAUCCUGUAGUUUUCCAUCUUAUAUUUUGUGGCCAGCAUAAGGAAAACUAUUAUUUCUACGACCAUUUCUACUUUGAUAAAGCCUGUAACAUAGAAGCAUGGGAUACAAAUCUAACAACGUAGGAAUCAUUUUUGCUCACGGGAAAUUUUUUGACUGCAAGCUGUAACAUAGUCUACCGCCAUACAGAUUUUUCAUGUCUUAUAUGCAUUUCUAAUCUUUAUAUAAACAGAAUGCACUAAUUAGUGUCAAAACAAAAGCACAAAGUCCUCAUAUUAUUAUUAAGUUAAAUACGUUUACUUUGAAAACUCAAACCAGAAUGAAAAUCAUUUGAAGGAUGGCAGAUCUCAUCUUACCACAGCUUUAAUAUUCUCUUCUAGUAUUUUAGACAAAUUUAUUAUUUAGGUAUGUAUAAUGCUGAAUAUUCUUAUAUAUUAAACUAUAUUUUACUUACCAUGUUGAGCAGGAUGUUCACAUAAGAAUAACUGCGUAAUUCCUGGCACAUCCUCAUACAUUAUCUGUAUGCAAAGAAAUAAAUUCUACUCAAGUGAGACUCUUUUGCCAUCUUACUAUUUAUGUAUUUCCAUUGUAUUUGUUGCUAGUGCAUGUUCUUAUCUGGAAUUUUGUAAGGCAAAUUUGAAGGAUCCUUCAGAUUUUAAACUCUGAUGUCAACUUGCUCCCAUCAUUUCUUCCUUAAAUGUAUUUAAAUUUUGUUGAGGGAGGUCUGAACAAUCAGAAAUCAUUGACCAGAAAUUUAAGUGCAUUCAUAUGCACCCCCCCCCCCCAAAUAUCUAACAAAUACAACAAUUACUGAAUGACUUGAGCUCAGCUAAAGCUUGACUGUACUCAGUCUGGAUCCAGUGUUUUGUUUUUACUAUUGUCCAUAUCUACUUAAAUUUUUCUCCAUGUGUGUUUUUUUCCUCAACAACCACAGAGACUAUUUAAAGCUCACACUGUUUUAUUUAGCCUUUAGUUGUGUAAAAAGCCUGUAAGAAGCAUCAAUGAAUCUUUCACUGCUGUAGCAUGAUCUCACAUUAAAGAUGUUCAGAAAUCCAACCUUUUAUCUCACAUUCAAAGAUUAAGAGGAGUGACUGAAUACCACUGAAAAUAUGGUUUAGGUUUAAUCUACCUUCAAUCAACCAGGAUAAAAACUCUUUUUUACAUGAUUGUCCUGCACUAAGAAGUCUUCACUGUAUCUGGUGUUAAUUGAUUUGGCCAAAACCUGAAAUGAUGAAACUCUCCUCAAUGCCCUUCAUGCUAACAAGUUUCUAAGUGAAUGUGGAAGAGAAACGAUCCCUUAGCAUAACAGAUCCUCCACCAUACUCAGCAGUGGCCAUGAGCUUCUUUUCCACACACAUUUCUCUAUUUUACUCCAAACUGACCUGAAGUAGUGACGUUUUUUGAGUGUUGCUAAUAUGGAUUCUGAGCAGCACCAUUCAUUAUUAAACAUUAAUUACUUUUUUUCCUUAGCCAUCUAUAUAAUUAUCUUCACUGUUUGUGUUGGAAAAUAAAACUUUAAUGACUGUAGCAUCUAAUGUGUGAAUAUGGGAAAGUUUAGGUGCUUUACUGGCUGUUUUUAUAGGAAAUGUCUGAUGUGGCAGAAAUUGACACUGGGUUGUUUUUUUGUUUUUGUUUUUUGUUUGUUUUUGUUUGUUUUUUACCUUUUAAAAAGUUGGAUUUUUCCAAAUUCUUUACUGUGAGAUUAUGCUGAUGCACCAAAAAAAGUAAUUCAUGUAUCACGUUUUUACUUUUACAGGGUUGCCAAGAACAAUAGUUCAUUUUAGUUAUGAGAUUAAGAUUUUGAACAGUUGUUGAUACAUCUUUGUUGAUGGCAUCAUCUUUCAGUUCACUUUCUCCCUGUCACUCGAUAUCUUGACCUAGACGUGCCUACCGUUUUAAAAACAUAUCCAAAUUAAGUUUACCCAGGUGAUUUACGUGGAUACAUUGGAAAUGAUAAAACCUCCAGAUUAGGACUGUCGCAGUGGCAGCUGUUGAAUCACUCUGUCUCCAUCGGUGUUCUGCAUAUUUCAUACCUUGAGCUCGUCACUAAUGAUCUUUUAGUUAUUGCUAAGCCUUGCUGUACACUUUUUAAAACCAAGAACUGUUUACAAUUUAACCGUGGCUAUUUACAUUAAUCACCUUUAGGACAGAAACAGCACUCAUAGGUUUCAUUAAGAUAUUUGUUUGGGUUUCUACUUUGUUAAUUGAUUUAAAUUUGUCUUAUUGUGAUUGAAAGUAUUAUUGAAUGACAGUGGAGAACCAAUGUUUACACAGGUUUGUUGCUUCGUCUCAGAAUGUGAGUCAGUUUUUUUGUUUUUGUAUGUUUAUGCAAUGAUCUUUCUUUGCCGUUUGCUGUUUUUUUAACUCCUGCUGCUCUAAGCGCUCUCAGAGAGCUGAAAGAGUCUGAUGAGUCCACAGAAACUCAGACCAGAGGCACUAAACUUCUUAGGGUUAGCUCAGAACCUUUUUUUUUUGUUUUUUAUUUGUUUUCACAUUUUAUCGUCAGAAGACAAAGAGUUUAAUCUGCUGCAAAUGUAACCGCUUCUUCUGACCUCAAACAAGGCGACCAAGUUACAUAAGUUACAAAUACCAGUAUAGCUCUGCAGAAGCCAUUUAGUACAAAAUAAAACUGAUUUAUACUUCUGAAAUAAAAUAUAGCGGAUUGUCAUCAUUUAACAGUUUCAAUGUUGACAGCUUAUUUGCAUAAAAUGUUGUUUUUUUUUCAGUCAGACUCUUCAUUUUUCACAAUGCGAAGAUCAUUUAGCAGCAUGAAGCAAAGAAAUGAGCAUCAUUAUGCAGGUCGUAGUCUGUGACAAAAAGGAGAAAAGAGAGGAAAAGCAUUUGAAGUAGAGGUGGUGCGCUUUCAGAGGGAAAUAAUGCAUUCAUUAUGACACCAAAUCAGUUUAAGUAGGAUUAAAUGUUUUAUUUAUUUAUGAGCUCCUCUUUUAAGAAUAUAAAAGGGUUUUCUUCUUUUCCCUAAGGCCAAUGAUUUCACAGGAAAAUCAGAAAAAAAAAAAAAACUACCAAGGACACAAUAAUCACUCUUAUGCAAUUGUGAAACAUUAAACAGUUCUGAGUUACAUUUUUCAGCAGCAGAGCAAUUUAUUUUCCUUAGCAGAAGUUGGUUUUAUUUGCUAUUUCUUUUUAGCUGGUCUUAGAGGCUGAACUCUAAUUAUGUACAUAAGCCCUGUAUGAGGAAUGUCCAGUGCCAACGUGUUCAGUUGUUGAACUUUAGCCUCUGUAGACAGUGUGCAUGUUUGUGCCAAAGUGGCAGGAAGUUUGGUGGUUUCUCUUCAUUUCACCUGAUUAAAGCAUCUCCCACUGACUUUAUUUGUGACAGAGGGCGCCGUUCGGACAUGACGGCCUCUUCCGGCAUGUUGCAUCUCUAAGCUUUGUUUCCAUUCUUUUCCUAUCAGAAACAUACUGAAUGGGUUCUUCUUGCCACUGCUCCUGUUUUAACCCAGGUUGUUUACAUACCUCUUUUGAUCUUUGACUUGCAUGCUGAAAAAAAAAAACAAUUUCCAAACCAAGUGUUGGACACAAUACUGUCGUCAUACUGUGGUUUGUGAAAUGCUUUGUAAUGGAUUGCCUUAACUGAAGAUCAAUAAACUAUUGAUAACUUUG